AAUUAUUUCCUGAAUAUAGAAAAAAAUAAAAACCACAGAAAUCCUACUCGCAUUUCGCAUCUAUAUUCAUUACAUUUAUUCCGGUUUUGUUCUCACAAAUUGCAGAGAAGUCACAAAUAGUUACUAAGAAUGAGUUCUACACAGACACCUCUACCGCCAUCGGUAAUGUGGGCACAGCGGACAGGAGUAGUUUUGGUAACAAUAAAUUUAGAAGAUUGUAAAGAACCAGAUGUCAAAUUUGAAAAAGAUUCGUUAUAUUUCAAAGGAGUUGGUGGCGUAGAACAAAAAUUGUAUGAAGUUAAAAUUCCAUUAUAUAAAGAAAUUGAUCCUGAAAAAAGUAAAAGUUUUAAUAGAGGCCGUUGUAUUGAAGUAAUUCUUGCAAAAGCCAAAACUGAUGAACCUUACUGGCCGUCAUUGACAGCAGGUGGCAAAAAACAUCAUUGGUUAAAAUGUGACUUUAACAAAUGGCAAGACGAAGAUGAAAGUGGCGAUGAAUCCGGUUUAGGUGGAGGUGGCGAUUUGGAAGAAAUGAUGAGGCAAAUGGGUGGCCUAGGAGGAGGGCCUGCAGGUGGUAAACCAAACUUCGAUGACUUAGAUGUAAAUGAAGAAGAUUCUGACGAUGAAGAUUUACCCGACUUAGAGUAGUAGACUUAAUCAAGAUUCAAAUAUUAUUUCACAUCAUUCUAAUUAUGGCUCAUUAAUUUUUUUAUUACAUAAAAAAAAUAAAAACCAAAUUUUACAUAAUGUUAAGCUAGUUUUUUUAAAAAAAAUGGAUCAACGUGAGGCUUUUCAACACACAUCGACGAUAAUUAAUAUUAUUCAGUCAUUUGAGCAGUUCACACUUUAUUUAAA